AUGGCCUGGCACUGGUGGGCCUUGAGGGCCAUCCAAACAAUGGAAGACCGCAUUGUCGAGCUCAUCCUCCGUCGUCCGGGAUUCCACCGUGCUGUCGGCCGUAUCCACCGCACCAUCCACGAUCGCCAGUACGGGAGGAAUCCCAACGAGCCACUCUACCAGGGUGAAGCGACGGCCGAUCCCGACUCCUCCCGCACCUCGUUUCUGAAGCACUUUGGCGCCGAGAUACGCAACCAGAUUCGUGGGAAACCGUCCGACAUAGCCGAGCAGACGACCAAGAAAAAGUGA